AUGUCGCAACCCGACGACCCAACAGGCUCGAGUAUUGUUAUGGCAGAGCAGAGCAGCCACGAUGUGGUAAAUCAAACCCUGUCGGGCGGCGACCCUUCGCCCUCCGACGUUCCUGCGAGCACCAAGGAUAAGCCUUCUGCUGGAGGGGACGUGGGGAAGAUCAACGAUACCGUUACAACAGCGCAGACCGAAACACAAGCAAAAACCCAACAUACUGACGAGGACGAGAAAGCGAUUACUGCGGAGACAGUUCAUACUGGGAGAGAAGAGCGAAUGGAUAGUUCUAUGCCGCCGACGGAUGUCAAAUCUGGUCCGGGAGCGGUUGCGAGUCGAGCGUUGGAAUUAAAUGGGGUUUCUUCAUUAUCAGAUGGUGGAGAGGAUACGGCGUCGCAAGGUGGCUCCGAAUCGGACGCCAGUCGAACCGACGGCAAAAGCCAUGGACGUGCAGGGUCUGCGAAGAGAUUGGCGACAUUCAAACCAGUCUCGUUCGCUAGAUUCUCCGUUCCCAAGGCUCCAGGCGCCUCCGCUCCGUCAAAAUUGCCUGACAAAGCACCCAUGUCCGCCACGACCUCUCUAGGGACACUUCCACCCACCUCGCGACCUCGCUUGGUUGCAAAGACAACGAGCAGCCUCCGUGAUGCCCUCUCCAAGGCUGGUCCAGGUGGUAUCAAGUCCGGCGGAGGUGGUCCUGACCCUAACCAGGUCUGGAAUAAGAACCGACCGGUUCAACCGACUCCCCCUAAGCACCUGACCGACGAAGAGUUGAAGCAGCAGUACGGAAUUCACAUGACAUCUCGUAUUCAAGAAGACGGUGGCGGUACAGAGGCCAAGUGGGCAGAUAUUGAUGACGACGAGGAUGACUGGGCUCCCGAAACCAUAGAAUGGACUGACGGAACGAAAGUCACUCUCACACAUACGGAUACGUCUGUUCCCGCUCAGGAUGAUAAAACGGCCCAAGAAUCAAAUAGCGUACCGCCGUCACCUGAGCUUGCCUCGAUUCCAGAAGCUGCGAAGGCUGCUCCUAAGUCUGUCACAUCAAUAGGACCAAAUCCUACGGUCCUGAGGCUUGGGGCAAAUGCUGAGCGACAAGCAAAAAGUGCCACCAUCCUGGGUAAAGGAGCCGGUGAUAAACUGCCAUCAACAUCUACGAGCCCUGCUCCCGUCCCUUCCAAGUCCCCGUGGGCACCUUUGCCUCCUGUGGAAAGAAUCUCCCCCGUCCUCCCAGCGGCCCAGACUCAUAUUUCUCCCCGGAUUCCGUUCAAUGAGCCACACCCACACGACAAUUACGGUGGUCCAAUGCCCCCUAAAGAGAUCGCGGCCGAUGACUUCAAUCGCAACUGGCGAGAUAGUCAACCCGGUGGGCCGCGGGAGCUCUAUAACUCUAGGUCGGGUAGGUACGAACCCGUUCCCGAGACCAGAAGGGGAGGCUGGCGAAACGAACAUGGCGUUCGUCCACCUGCUGUAUUGCAAAGGCCGCAUGGCGAACAAAGUGGACCUGAGCCUUCCCCGGCCUUUCAAACUCAUCGAACCAGUGCCCAAGAUGGACAGCAUUGGAACCGUCGCCGUACUCUGUCCAACGUGAGCGGAGGGAGCGGGACAUAUGGUCGUCGUAUGUCACUAGGCCGAUCCGAUUUACCUCCCAGGUCUCUUGAGAUGAGGAGAGGCUCUCAAGUCAACGGGUCAAUCGAACCCUCUGCUGUUCAAGAGCCAAUGCAUGCCAGAGAUGCGCCUUUGAGGAAUGCCUCGCCUUCCAGACAUGGCCCUGACGGUCCCUGGCCGACACACCCUUCCGUUGACGCCAACAAUAUGACACGACAACUCACAACUUCUACAGCCUCAGAAGAGGCAGUCCCUGCGCCUCACACUCCGGAAGAGGACCCGGUUGUCUUGCAAGAACGGAUUAUGAAGGAAAAAAGGAUGGAAGCUCGUCAACGCCGGCUAGACCAGGAGGAGAAGGAGGAAGCCGCCAAACGGGAACGGAUCCGUUUGAAGCUCGAGGCUCUAGGUCCACCUCCGGAGAAAGCCAAACCAAAAGCCAAGGAAGUUACAGAUGCCAACAAGUCAGAGCCGACUCAAACGACGUCAACUACAGUUGUCUCACCCUCCCCUCCAAAACCUCCUGUCCCUGAACCCACCGGCGAGCCAAAACAAUAUGGCAUGAUGAAGGUUCAUCAUCCGGACGCCGUGAAGAAGCUUGUGGCUGCCAAUGAACGCACUACCGAUAAACCUGCUCAAGUACCGCCUCCUCGACGGGUAUCUUCGCCUGCCAAUGAAUCCAACGCCGAGUCAAUUUCCCAGAAUGGAAUCCGGCGACCUGGCGAGACCCAAACUGCUGUCUUGGAAAAGUCCCCUGAAGCGAAAUUCGAGGAGAAGGGUCCUCAUUGGAGAAGCAAACUCAAUGUGACAAACACCUAUUCCCCUUGGACCUCAAACUCCAAGCUUGGAGGCGCAUCCUCGGUGGCAAAUCCUUGGAAACCGCUGAGCAGCGACAAGACGUUAGGCAAUGGCAUUUUUGAACAAGGUCUGGGGGGCUUCCAAGGGCGCGAUUUGCCUCUUCGUGGUCACCUGAGCUUGGAUCAACCAGCUCUUGCAGGAGCCGACAGGUUCAACGGCCCACAACGAAGCCAGCCAGACAGCUCUUCGAUUUCUCCUUUACCUUCACCAGAGGUUCGGCACGCAGCGUACGAACCCAUCAACCCGAUCGGUCGCCCUGGCCCGAUUGGACCCCCCAGUUCACACUCUCAAUGGCAACCGCCUCGUGGUGCUGGCGAAACAGCUGCCUGGAACAAUUUCCAUGUUGUUGCGGCUAAGAGGGAAGCUGAGGAAGCUGAGAAACUUCGUCAGGAAAUGGCCCUUCGCGAGGGCCCAGCCUCGCUGCAGGUCACAUUCAAUGAGACCUGGCGCCAGGUUAGGACUGGAGACCAACCCGGACAACGCCAGGUCAUCGGAAUCACCAUGAGUGAAAACAAUGCACCUGCGUCCAAUUCCCUUCCAGUGUUCGAUCAUCCUGUUGAUGGUCUGCCUUUCCCAGAUAGUCACUCACGGCCGUUUGGUAUUCGAGGUUCGCGCUUCUUCCCUCACACUGCCGAGCCUUCGAAGAGACCGUCCCCGGAAGAGGAGGGCUAUAUGCGAAGCCCCUCUCCCCCUCCUCCAGAAGAGGUUUCGAGCCAUCCGGUCUUCACAGGCGAUUCACACAAACCCCUCGUUCAUCUUCCCGCACCCAAGCCCAUCGUCAAACUUCCUCCCAAAGCUACUUCUCCGCCUCCCCCCCCACCCACGUUCGCCUCCAUGGUAGCAGCGCCGCCUCGUGCAGCUCCCCAACCCGUAUCGACAGCUGCUUCCUGGCAAGAGAAGAUCAAUGGACUUUUCGGAAAAAAGACUGUGCCUGAGAAAAAGAGCUCCCUGGCUGUCGCAUCUGCAUCGAAAGAACCUCUCGACGUCCAGCUACACAUUGCUGCUGUCUCUGUAUCUCUUCCCUUGCACGUGGACGAUGGCCUUGGCCCGGAAGACCUUGAGGUCACCUCUAGGCGGGUAGAGGAAGAAGAAGAAAUUUUCGAAGACCGUGAGGCAGGAUCUCUACCUGUCGUUCAUGUCCCUCACAGAGCUCCCGCGAAUGCAUGGCAAGCAGCUCUUCCGCCUCCACAGUCUCGUUUGCGGUCAAAGAACUUGAGACCCAUGCAAGUCCACAGUGUUGAACCUUUCUCAAUCGGCUCCCUGGACAAGGAUCAGACUGGAAAUAUCCGAGUAUCCAUCCGCCUGCCCGGUGCAAAUGCGGCGAAAAUCAUCAGUUUGCCAAAGAAAGCCGGUGGACCUCCACCACCACGAUCACGAGGGUCUUCCACUUUCAAAGCUCGCAAAGGUCCCGUUAAACCCCGCGAAGGGUCUGGAAGCCUCAACUCCAACCCGAAGAAGCCGGCCUCUUCGCAACAGACGAAUGGAAACGGCUCUUCUCCUCGGCAUCAGUCACGAAACGCAUCAUGGGGCCCACGAACAUACAGUGGACCUCAUUAA